CCAUAGGAUCUUCAAAAAUAUUAUUAUAAUACUUUCUUUUCUCCACCUCAGCCCAGCCUAUAUAUUUUAGUUAUUACGCCCCGACCUCCAACUAAAUCUCCGUCUCUAAUUUCUGGCAGUCUUUUUACGCAUCUGAUUCUUCUCAUAACGGACAUUUCCCACCAACCAUUUCAGCGCAUGGCAUUAUCCAGAGUCCAAACGAUACCGUAUUGGCUGUCGGAGCACCCAAUAAUCGUCAACUUCCGGUGGAACCACGCUCAAUUAUGGGGUUCCACCUGGUCGUUUGUGUUUUCAGCUAUUUCCAUCUAUAUAGUCGCCGCAAUUUUCCUCCAUCUCCUCCUCUGCCUUCUUCUCCACCGUGAUCGUCGGAUCCCACUCGGCCCGAUCCCGGCAGUUCAUAGCCUUGCUGUGUCCUUAAUCUCCGUCGUUAUUUUCGUUGGCAUCCUGUUCUCAGCUGCAGCCGAGAUUCGGGACACGCGCUGGUUCUGGCGUCGAACCAACACCACCACGUUCCAGUGGCUCCUCUGCUUUCCUAUCGGGACCCGCCCUUCUGGUCGGGUCUUUUUUUGGUCCUAUGUUUUUUACCUCUCACGCUUCCUCCAUCUCCUCCGUACAUUCUUCGGCAUCCUGAAAUACCGUAAACUGACUUUCUUUCAGCUGUUCAACCAAUCCAUUCUUACUUUCAUGUCUUUUCUCUGGCUCGAAUUUUCACAAUCCUUUCAAGUCCUCGCCAUAUUGCUGACAACCUUAUUGUACUCCGUCGUUUAUGGAUACCGCUUCUGGACCGCGAUUGGCUUGCCUGGCGCCUGCUUUCCGCUCGUGGUGAAUUGUCAAGUUGUGUUAUUGGUCUGCAAUUUUGUUUGCCAUUUUGGCGUUCUGUUCUUGCACUUGCUCAAAGGCGGAUGCAAUGGGAUUGGCGCCUGGGGUUUCAAUUCUGUGCUCAAUGCUGUCAUUUUGUUACUUUUCAUGAAUUUUUACGUGAAGAUGCAUUUGAAGAAUAGAAAAGUAUCAGCCAAGCAUUCCUCCUCUGCUCAAGUAAAGGAUAGUUAAGCCAAUUUUUUCAGUUGUAUUGUAAAGGGCUGAUGUAAUUGUAAAGUAUGUAUAUCAGAGCCCUGAGUCUGUAAAUAUUUAUUCCUUCUGAUCAAUGCGAUAGAGAAAUUGUAAUGAGGGUUUUACCCGGCGGCACCAGGUGGCUUGUCAAUGAUUAAGAGAUGGGUGUCAAGGACAAAUCUUUUCUGUCUCUUUUUGCCCUUUUGCUUUGUGAUCAUGCUGGAAAUUUUGGUUGGCUUUGUACUGUGUAUUGAAUAUUUGAUUUAUGGCGAUCAAUUACGCAAUUGACUGUA